CCAAAAUAUAAAUUUCAUUAAAUGUGACAAAAAAAAUACUAUAAAAUGCUCUUCCUCUUUAGCCCAUUUCUAACACCUCUUUUUUUCACACACAACACACACUGCGACGGCGCCCACCACCCCUCCUUCCUCUAUUAUUUCACAUGCAUUUUCUGACUUUUUCGAGCAUAAUAUAAUAUACUGAAUCACACACACUCGUAAACAUCACAAAAGCAGAAAAUUAAUAAAUAAAUAAAUAGAAAAAAGAAAAAAAGCAGAGAAAUGCCUCCCGCCACCGUCCCGCCACCGCAAUCCACAGCGGCGCCACCGUCCCCUGCCGAGACUCUCCGCCAAAUUUCUGUCCUCCUCGCCGACCUCCUCCCGUCCACCCUCGCCGUCACCUCCUUCGCCGCGCGGUGGCAAGUGCUCCGCUCGAAGCUCGCCGCCGUCCAAACCCUCACCGCCGAAAUCUCCGACUCCCCGCACUGGUCGGACAAUCCGCUCCUUCCGCCGCUCCUCCCGGCGCUGCUAUCCACCCUCCGCCGCACCGAGAUCCUCUGCCACCACUGCCGCGGUGCGGCGGCCGGCCGCGGCAAGCUGCUGAUGCAAUCCGACCUCGACAUGGCGGCGGGGUGGCUGUCGAAGCAAAUCAGCGACCUGGAGCUCCUACUCCGCUCCGGCGUCCUCCACCACUCCACCGCCAUUGUCCUCUCCCGCCCUGACCCGACCUCCUCCAAGGAGGAGCUCACGUUCUUCGUGAGAGACCUCUUCGCGCGCCUCCAGAUCGGCGGCCUAGAGUUCAAGCUGAAGGCGCUGGAUUCGCUGAUCCAGCUACUAAUUGAAGACAGCAAGUCCGCGAUGAUCGUCGCGAGGGAAGGCGACAUGAGGUGCCUCACAUCGCUGCUCGAUUCGAGCGGCGACGACUCCGUCAGAGAGCUGGCGGUCCACGCCGUGUCGCUGCUCGUCGCCGCCGGCGAUUUACCGCGGAAAUGCGUGUUCGAGGAAGGCGCGUUAGGUCCUUUACUGAGGAUAAUCGAGUGCAGCUCGGUGCAGGUGAAGGAGAGGGCGGCGAUGGCGGUCGAGUUCAUCACAGCCGAUCACGACAACGCCUGGGCGAUUUCCGCCUACGGCGGCGUUCCUGUACUCAUCGAGCUAUGUAAAUCUGGCUCUCUCAUCGCUCAAUCUCACGCCGUCGGCGCGAUCAGGAACGUCUCCGUGGUUGAAGAUAUCCGAGCUGCGUUGGCGGAAGAAGGCGCGAUUCCUGUUCUAAUCGACUUGCUUAUCUCUGGAAACGCAUCUGCGCAAGGAAAAUCGGCGAAUUGCAUAUCAAUUCUCGCUUCCGCAGGCGAGUAUUUCCGCAAUUUGUUGCUGCAGGAGAAAUGCUUGCAGAAAUUGGUGCAUCUCUUCCACGAAUGCCCCGUUGCUGACACGGUAGAGCACGUAUUGCGCGGGAUUUAUUCGUUAACCGCUGAUGAAAUCAGCAAUCGUGUUUUAUCUGGAUCGACAAUGUUCAUAGUUCAGCUUGCUGAUCUAAUUAAGCUUGGAAGAAACAUUAGGUUGCAGCACAUUGCAGCUUCAUUGCUUGCUAAAUUAUCAAUUAGUGAUAGUAACAAGAUUGUGAUUGCUGGUUGUAUGGGUUCUCUAGUAAGGCUAAUGGAGGCCGUGAAGCCCGAUGGAGUGCAGGAGGUCGCGGCCAAGGCCUUGGCGUUGCUGUUAUCCGUGAAAUCGAAUAGGAAGGAGUUGGUGAGGGAUGAGAAGAGCCUGAUGAGGCUGGCACAGAUGCUGGAUCCUAGGUUUGAGGUGGUUUCAAAGAAGUUCCCUGUGUCGGUGGUGGCGGCUGUAAUGGCCGGAGGGAGCCAUGGCUGUCGGAAGAGGCUCGUGGCAGCUGGUGUCUACGGGCAUCUGCAGAGGUUGGUGGAGAUGGACGUGCCCGGUGCCAAGAAGGCGUUGCAGAGACUCUCCGGCAAUAGGCUAACUAGUUUGUUUUCAAGAACGUGGAGAGACUGAUUAACCACUUCUGCUGAAUGAAGAAGGUGUUUCAUUGCUAGACAGAAUGGUCCAAAAGUGAUCCCCAUCACAUUUUCUCCUCCCUAUCUUGUGUGAAAAAUAUCAUGUGACGCCCCUCGUCUUUUCGCCCUUUUUUCCUCGUCUUGAUCUCGGCAGGAGAUUCAUCGACAAGCGCCUUGAUGUCGACGAGCUGCCUACCCUUUGCACAGCACAGUUGGUAUAACCCUCAAACUCUUAGCUCAUGUAGUGUAAUACUUGUAUUAUAGGAAAAAAUUGAUUGUGAAAAAAAGAAAAGAAAAACAAAACAAGUUUGUUGUAAUUUAUGUUCUAUAGUAGCAUGGAUGCGUUUUUUUAGUGUCCUUGUGUUUUUUUUUUCUUUUUUUUUUACUUGUAAUACAUAAACGUUUUGUUACAUAUGUAUUUUGAGCGAGCAGAUUGUAUUUUAUUAUUUUUCUUUUGUAACAUUAUUAACCCUUUUCUUGUUUUUA